AUGUCGCGUUCGCCGACGUGGGAAGGCGCGCCGCAGCGCGCGCCGCCGCUACGGAGCACGGGCGCGUCCAAAGAAGUGGUGUACGAUAUCGACUCGGAUACCUUGCCGGAGGAGGAUAGUCUCGUGAUGCCAGACGACUCGAUCGUACCGAGCGUCGCGGAGAGCGCGCGUCUCGGCAUGGGACGCGUGCCGUAUGCGGCGCAGAGCCGCACCUCGCUCGACACGAUCGGGCAGCGGGUGCGCUCCAUCUCGCAGGCGCUCGAUCCGGAGCAGCUGCCCGACUGGCUGCGCCGCGGUGCGGGCGUGUUUGAGGGUACGGUGAAUAUGGCCAACAGCAUUCUCGGCGCAGGCAUCGUCGGCUUGCCGUAUUCGAUGCGCGAGUCGGGCUUUGUGGCGGGCAUCGUGCUGCUCGUGGGCAUCGCACUGCUCACCGACUGGACCAUUCGGCUGAUUGUGCUGAAUGCCAAGCUCAGUGGGCGCACGACCUACAUUGACAUCAUGGAGCACUGCUUUGGCCACAAGGGCAAGGUCGCCGUGUCCAUCUUCCAGUUUGUCUUUGCUUUUGGCGGAAUGUGCGCAUUUUGCGUCGUGGUGGGCGACACGAUCCCCAACGUCAUCUCGUCCGUGCUGCCGGCGCUCAAAGGGAGCUUUUUGAGCAACCGCCAGUUUGUGAUUGUCGUGUGCACGAUGGCGAUCAGCUUUCCUCUGUCGCUGUACCGCAACAUUGAGAAUCUGAGUAAGGCCAGCGCCGUGGCGCUCCUGUCGAUGAUCUUUAUCAUCUUUGCCGUCGUCUUUCGGGGACCCGCGAUGCCGGACGAGCUCAAGGGGAACCCCGCACUGCGUUUCACCUUUGUCCAUCCCUCGAACCUCAUUCGCUCCAUUUCCGUCAUUAGCUUUGCGUUUGUGUGCCAUCACAACUCGCUGCUCAUCUACGGCUCACUCAAAGAGCCAUCGAUGGACAAGUUCCGCACUAUUACACACUACUCGACGCUCAUCUCGGCCUCAGCUGCGAUCUCCAUGUCGAUCGCGGGGUACUGGUCGUUCGAGGACAAGACCCUCUCCAACGUCCUCAACAACUUUCCCCAGACGGACACAAUCGUCAACAUUGCCCGCUUCUGCUUCGGGCUGAACAUGUUUACCACGCUGCCGCUCGAGUGCUUCGUCUGCCGCGAGGUACUCGAGACGUACUUUUUCCGGGGCGAGUACGAACGCAACCGGCACAUUAUCCUCACCACGGGGCUCGUCGUGUCGGCCAUGGUCGUGUCGCUGCUGACGUGUGACUUGGGCGUCGUGCUCGAGCUCACGGGUGGCCUCAGCGCAACGGCGCUCGCCUUCUUUUUCCCCAGUGUGUGCUACCUCAAGCUCAGCCACGACGCAAGCCAAGUCGACAGCUCGGCGCUGUACUUUGCAUUGCCAGAAAACGACACCGACAUCCCGGGCUCGUACGGCGAAGAGGAAAGCGUCCAAGCUGAAAACAUCGCCUUGCCACUGCGCCCGGGCGCCAACGCCCACGAACGGGAGCCGCAGCAGCAGUUUAAGUGGUGGGAGUCGACAAAGCUCUUGAGUAUCGCUUGUGCCGUCUUUGGGUUCAUCGUACUCAACGUCUCCGUCGUCACUGCCAUCGCCGACGCAUGGAGCGGACGCGCGGGCGCGACACACCAGUGCUAA